GGCUACGGUGCGACGAGAAAGGUAAUGGUGAAUAGAAAGUAUGUCACAUUGCUCAACUGGAUGAUCAUAGGUUGCGACAAAACGAUGAUCAUUUGUUAGACCUUCAUGGAUUAACCAUUGCGGAGGCUAGAGUGGUGCUUAAAGAAGGCGUGACACAGUGGUGGUCAAGAAGUCAAAUGCAAUCUGCGAGACGCUUGAUUCAACCAUUAAGGAUUGUCACAGGAGUAGGAAAACACUCAGAGUACGGUGAAUCUAAACUGUUGCCCAUGACUCAGAAAUUUUUAAGGAGUGAAGGCUGGAUGUUUGAAACACCUAAUCCUGGUUGCAUCCUCGUGAAAGGAAUUCAACAAAAAAUGGAAAAACAAAAUAAAUGAUUCCUGUUUGUUUGUAUCUUUUGAUUUUCUUAUGCACAGUGCGACUGGUAAAUUUUGUCCGUUU